AUGCAUGUGGUGUUGGAAAGCAGUGAGAUCAGUACUUUGCAUUACCUAAUUGUUGCUCUUCUUUCUUUGCAGGAGUUGAUCUUGCCAUUGCUGCUCCUGGGCCUCCUCAUCCUCAUUAGCACCCUCAACCCUCAUGUCUCAUAUGGCAGUAUCAGCACCAAGGAGCUGGAGUAUGAACGGGACCUGUCACUCAAAGGUCUCGGCUACACCCCCAUCAACAAUGUCACCAAUUACAUCAUGGAGGAGGUGGCACGGGAACUGCCCAUGAAUGAGCGAUUAGAGAUGUUCUCCACUGAGGAAGAAUUGGAGAAUGCCAGUCUCUAUGAACCUGAUGGCUUUGUAGGAGUGGUCUUCUUGGAUUCAAUGACGUACCUUCUGCGAUUCCCGUACAACCAACUCCCUCUGCCUAGCGACUUCACUGAAUCCAUAACAAGCUGUUACACAAACUAUGUCAACUGCCGUGCCGCCAACUACUGGUAUUCUGGAUUCAUACGGCUGCAGUCUCUCAUUGAUACUGCCAUUAUACAGGUUUGA